GCGCUGCACAGUUCCUUAUCGGACUUUGUACACACGGCAGCGAAUAAAAGGCGGACGCGUCCAAUGCUAAAGCACACAUCGUUGGUUUUGACUUAUUUUACUUCUUGAACCUACACAAAGUUCUUCUCGCCAGUAUGGGUAUUGUCGUUGGUAUUGCUGGUGAGAUUGCAGCUGAGGCUGCUGCUGAGGCCGCUGCUGUAGCAGCAGCUGAGGUUGCAGGAGCGGCUGUAGCAGAAGCAGCAGUGAAAGCGGCUGCUGAUGCAGCGGAAGCGGCUGCUAAUGCAGCUGCAGGUGCAGCAGUAGAAGGAGCAGCAGCCAUAGCUGCUGCUGAAGCGGCGGGAGAAGCAGCAGCCAGGGGGGCGAUCGACGCUGCUAUUGAAGGCGUGGUUCCCGCGGGUUCAAAUGCAAUUUUUAGGCAGGUGAUUCGUUCUAUUGCUAUAGUGGACUUUGCUAAGACACUUAUCAAAAGCGUCAUCAACGUUGUUGAAUCGUCACAAGCCGGGGACAGAAUAAAGAAACUUCUCAAAAAGCUUAACCAGGCUCUUCAAGACGCACAAAACAACAUGAAGACGUGGAAUGACCAAAUCGCCAAGGCCAUCAAGGAUGGAAAGCUGACGGAGACGAAGAAGUUGGAUGACGGAGUGGAAGUCAAUAUUGGUUAUCUCUUCAGUGCUGAAAUGAAUGCCAAGGUCGCUGAGUUUCUUUCAGCCAUUCGAGGCCCCCUAUUGAAAGUUGGCAGUGUCUCCAAGUCCACGAAGAAUAUCGGAAAGAUCGAGGAUGCUCUCCAGGAUACCAAGGACGCAUUCCUGACGGCCUCUGACUCCUUCUUGGCCAUCGUGAAGAAAUGGGAUGCCCAGGAUAAUGCGAUCAAGAAGAACGCUGGAAUUAAUUUCCAGGUGGCCCAGCUUGAAUCCAACAUCCAAGGCAUCAGGGAUCAGCCGGUUUAAGCGUCUGGCUCUCCUCAGUCUGAGCAAUCAAAUUCAGGAUUACUGCGCCAACCUGCAGUAUGCAUUUCGAUAUGAUUGCAUGUCAUGAUUAGCUACAGAAUUGUCUUUCAUUGACCUCUUGCCUAACUAUAGAAUUAUCUCUUCUUUGCAUUCCCUAGCAUAAGCCUCGAUUGGCCAGUGGCAAGUGGAGAAAUUUGCUAUAAUGAAUCUACUGUAGAACCGUGAUUGGGUUUAGUCUCUUUCAUCCAGUCUGUGCCACUAUAACUAGUACUAAUCAAACCAGUGUUGGUUUCAUCCUCUGUGCCACUAUAACUACUAAUCAAA